CAUCACGCUGGAGGGAUGGGUAGACAUCAUGUACUAUGUCAUGGACGCUCACUCCUUCUACAAUUUCAUUUAUUUCAUAUUGCUCAUCAUAGUGGGCUCCUUCUUCAUGAUCAACCUCUGCCUGGUGGUCAUCGCCACUCAGUUCUCGGAGACCAAGCAGCGGGAGAACGCGCUGAUGCGGGAGCAGCGCGCCCGCUACAUGUCCAACGACUCCACGCUGGCCAGCUACAGCGAGCCGGGCUCCUGCUACGAGGAGAUGCUACGCUACGUUAGCCACCUGUACCGCAAGCUCCGGAGAAGGGUCCAGAGGAUAUACUCUGGCUGGCACAGUAAACGCCGUAAAAAGGUGAACCCCAACGGCGGGGGCAACGGCGGGGGCAACGGGGGCGGAACCAGCAGCCACAGCCUGGCACGGGGCUGCGGGGGGGCGGGGCCGGCGGCCAGCGCCCCCUGGCUGCGGCCCAUCCACAACCUGCUGCAGCACCACCAGCACCACCACUGUCACCUCAGCAACGGGGGGAAGCACCCCUCGCCGGCCACCUCGCCCACCACCGGGUGCGGCCUGGAGGAGCUGGAGAUGAGGUCCCUGGUGGCCCGGGCGGGGAGCGGGAACGGGAACGGUGCCGGCGGCGGCGGCGGCGGCGGCGGCGGCGGCGGCGGCGGCGGCGGCGGCGACUCGCCCGUCGUCACCCAGGGGAUGGGGGCCUUGCUGGGUCGGCUGAACGGGGGCAUGAACUACCCCACCAUCCUGCCCUCGUUCGUGUGCAGCUACGGCAGUAAGACCCCCCCGCCCCACGCUCAGCACUGCGGGCCCAGCCCGGACCACCACCCCCCCCACCACCUGGCCUCGGAGCACACCGACACGCUCAGCAAGCUGCACCAGCUCAUGGGCCAGCACAGUCGUCAGCGGUUGCUGUACCAGCUGGCCGGCGUGGUCCCCAGCCCCUUGCUCCUGGAGCUGCUCAGCUGCCCCAUGUGUGCCCGCAGCCUGGAGAGCCUGGAGCUGGAGCUGGGCGAGCUGGAGACGGGGCCCCGCGGGGGAGACACGGACGGCCUGCACCACGACUACACCCAGGGGGCGGAGCUGCGGACGGGGCGCGGCCGGAGCAGCCGGCGGCGUAACGGGCACACGCACGAACCCAAGAACCGGCUGGUGCUGCUGUGGCGACGCUUCCGGGACAAGCUGAAGAGGAUCGUGGACAGCAAGUACUUCAACCGGGGCAUCAUGAUCGCCAUCCUGGUGAACACGCUCAGCAUGGGCAUAGAGUACCACAAGCAGCCGGAGGAGCUGACCGACAUUCUGGAGAUCAGCAACAUCGUGUUCACCAGCAUGUUCGUGCUGGAGAUGGUCUUCAAGCUGCUCGCCUUCGGGCUCUUCGGGUACAUCAGGAACCCCUACAACAUCUUCGACAGCAUCAUCGUCAUCAUCAGCGUGUGGGAGAUCAUCGGGCAGGCGGACGGGGGGCUGUCGGUGCUCAGGACCUUCCGUCUGCUGCGGGUGCUGAAGCUGGUGCGCUUCCUGCCGGCCCUGCGGCGGCAGCUGGUGGUCCUGAUGAAGACCAUGGACAACGUGGCCACCUUCUGCAUGCUCCUCAUGCUCUUCAUCUUCACCUUCAGCAUCCUGGGAAUGCAUCUCUUCGGCUGCAAAUUCAGCCUGCAGACGGAGAACGGAGACACCAUCCCGGACCGCAAGAACUUUGACUCGCUCCUCUGGGCGAUCGUCACCGUGUUUCAGAUCCUGACCCAGGAGGACUGGAACGUGGUGUUGUACAACGGCAUGGCCUCCACGUCCCCGCUCGCCGCGCUCUACUUCGUCGCCCUCAUGACGUUCGGCAACUACGUCCUCUUCAACCUGCUGGUGGCCAUCUUGGUGGAGGGCUUCCAGGCGGAGGGCGAUGCCAACAGGUCUGAGUCGGACGAUGAGAAGAAGUCUGAACCUUUGAGGAGGACGAGAAGGUGGAGCAGCUCAGAGAUACAGAGCUGAAGAUGUACUCCCUGAUGAUGACGGCCAACGGGCACGUGGACAUGAGAGGUACCUUGGCUCCUCCCAUAAUUAUGCGAACGGCGGCCACGCCCAUGCCGACGCCCAAGAGCUCACUGGGCGCCGAGUCGGUCCUGGGGUCGGGGAUUAUCUUUGGAGAGGCGGGGCCUUGCUUCGGAGAGGCGGGGCAAGGGUACCACUCUGAGGCGGGCAGCGUCCGCCGCGGAGAAAGCUGUCAUGGGAG